AAUAUGAUUCUGAUAAACGUAUUAUCAUAUAAAUCCUCAGUAUAGUUUCACGCACGGAACGUAACAGACGUGUGCGCGCGCGCAGUGCAGUGUAAUAACAAUGAUUAGACUCUGGAUUUGCCUGGCUUUAAUAGCCAUAUCGGGAUGUAGAGGUCUCUCUUACGAUAACGAUGGCUGGUAUGAUGAUUACUGGUAUGAUGACGUAAUAGACAAAUCUUUUGAUGAUGAUAUCAAAGAUCCAACUAAAAGCACAGCUAUAGAAAAUGAUGCUUUGACAAAGACAUCCCCAAUCUAUGCCGAUGAAGAUAUUAUUGCUGAGAAUAAGGCAUAUAGUGAUGAACAUAGUAUCAAAUCUGAAGGCAACUUUGAUGCUAUAAGUGACUAUCAGUUUGAAGAUAAUAGGUCGGAUCUAGGAGAAGAAAAUUUUAAAAACGAUGCUAAAACGACAUUGACUGAUUACGAUAAUACCGAUGGUAAAAAGGAAACUUCGAAUGAUUCCUCUGAAAAAAUAAAUAACGAUCAAACAUUACUACCAACUACCGUCACUGAUAAAGAGAACGAAGAAUUAGACUAUUCAGUUAAAACUCCUAAACACAUAACGGAAACAUAUGAUGAUUUAGCAUAUUCAAGCAAUGCCAGUGAGAAAAAGAUUAUUGAAGAAACAAAAACCAUUUUAACUGAAGAUACAGGUAAUGAUUUUGAAGACUUUAAGUCUGAUGAAAAAAAUAAAGAAACUGACCUCAAUGAAAUUAUUGAAGAAACUAGUAAACUAUUAGAAGAUACUCCAGAUUCACUUGAGGAGGGUGAGCUUAUUGAAGACGAUUUCAAUAUUGGUGGUCAAGAUAUUGAUAAUGAAUCAAAGUCUCUUGAGGAUACAAGUAAGCAAACUCAAGAAACUACUGACGAAGAUACAGUAGACAAAGCUUUUAAUGACUUAAUGUCUGAUAUUGAUAGACUUCAUGAAACAUGGAGCAAAUUAAAAGAUUACGACGAUGAAAAUGUACAAUCUUCAGAAAGUGAAGAAGACGGAUCUUAUGAUUAUGAAGAAAUUGAUGAUGAAAACUUAGAACAAAUAUUCGAUAAUGGUCACGAAACUAAAACAGAAAAAGCACGUGAAGAAAAAGAAAGUGUUGAAGAAAAUGAAUCUGAAAAAUCGACUCCCGUAACACAGACAGUAAAUAAAAUGUCUGAUCCAAUACUUUAUCUUAAUGAUGCGUUAAUGGCCAGUGAAGCUGAAAAUAGAAACUUAGUAACAAUUGGAAGUAAUGAAAAAGCUCCUACUACUGCCACACCUGAAAGCAACAAAAAUACUACAACACAAAAAGUGCCCGUUUUAAGAACAGCAGAGAAAAUAGAAGGUUUAGACAAUCCAGAACAAUUAAAUAACCUGUCUAGUGCGGAAGUGCAUGAACUGAUGCAAGAAUUUCAUUCAAAAUAUGGAGAAGAAAUAAUAAAUGCAUCCUUUUAUUCGGAAGAAGCAUACUACGUCACACUCACGGUUGAUAAACCUGUAGUCAUAACAUCACCAAAUUAUCCGGAUCACUACCCAACGAAUAAAACCAUAGACUGGAUUGUCUCAGGCGAUGGUAUGGGAAUCGAAUUAAAUGUAACCGACUUCGCGAUCAACGGUCACGUUGGUGACUACCUACUUAUAAAACCAGGAAGAGUUGACGAGAAAGGUUCUGAGGGUCUACUCUUCUCAUACGUACUGCGUUCGGAGAGACGGUACCGUUUCCUGGACGUCGACAAAAUGUUUAUACGAUUCGAAGCAAAGCAAGCUAUGCAGUUUUUGAGAGGUUUCCGCUUAAGCUUACGUAUGGUUGUCCCAAGACCUGGAGCUCCUGUACCAGAGCCAGAGCCCCAACCGGAACCAGCACCAACGCCAGUAGCCACUUUCACCUUGAAUUUAGGUGGCGUUACGUUUGAUGACUUCAUUAGAAUCGAGGAGCAGUUCAGGCUGAUCAUCGCUGAUAUGGCUACUUUGUACAUAAAUACAAACAAAAUCGACCCUGGCAUUAACACCACAAUAGAAACGACACAAAUAACAAGCAAAGCGCUUUGCUUCCACAACUGGCCAAAAUUCGAGCUUUGCACUGAAGUCAGAUUCGGAGUGCCCAUCGUGUAUGAUGUCAAUGAUGUCGAAGAUGAGGAUGAAGAAAGAGAACCGAGGUUAAACGAAGAAGACUUGAGGAGCAUGUGGGAAACUUAUUCACAACGCGACCCCUUCGCAGUUAGACUCAGAGUGUUAGGAAUAACGGAGUAUCAAGUCCCCAACGACCGCGGCACGCUGAUCGUGUGGCUCGUCAUCGCCGGAGGUGUCGUCAUCUCCAUGGCGAUGCUGGCCUUUGCACUUUGGAGAUUCAGCUGCUUCGCGGAUUACACUAGAAUGCCAUCAUUCAGCGACACAGACAGCGUGAAAGAGAAGCGUAAUCUGGAUCUGUACCCCACACCGCACCAGACUCUGCCUCCUCUCUACUCCGAGACCGACUACAAGUGGGCUGAUGCCAAAUACGAUGACUCUACUAAAGUAGACGUAGGCGGUUACUCCAAUGGGAGUUACAUGCAUAAUGACAUCUAUGAUAUUGACUCUGACGAGGACGCGAUGAAGCCUAGCGAUAGGUACACAACAGACGUGUAGCCGUAACUCAUAUGUUUAUAUAUAAUCGAAAUUCCGGCAUCAGCCCACGUGACAUAUACAGUGUUUAAGCGAUACCGAAGGGCGAAGUUAUGCUUUUUAUAGCUAUUAUUCGAGGCUUAGACUAUGAUAUUGUGAUUUUUAACCAUUUGUUGUAUGAACUCCUGUUUGCUUUAUCAUUUUUAAUCUGUUGAAAUAUAUUUUAACUUCCUUAAGAAUAUUACUCAACGAACAAAUUGAAUAUUAUUAAUUACGUGAUAUUAAAACUUAUUUACAAAAAUAUGUCUACUAAAAUAUUAUUUACAUAAUAUAGUAUAUAUAUAUAUAUUAAAAAUGAAGUAAUGCAAAUAGGAGUUUUUUAAUAUAUUAAGCCUAAGCUACAUAGGUGUUGUAUACAAUAUAGUGUAUAACUUAUACAUAAUUAUACAUAGUGAAAAGACUAGCUGGUAUACUUACCUAUUGUUGUGAUUUUUAUUAAAAUAAAAUUAUAGAUUUUAACGUACGUUAUAAAUUAUUUUAAAUUCUUCUAUAAAUUAUAUUGGUAAUAAAUGGUUGUAUUUUUAUUU